AUUUGGCGACAGCGGAUUUGCGCGUCUUCUAAGUUCUAACCUAAUUUAUCAUGUUUGGAAGAGUCAAUUUACUUUUUUAGAUUAAAUUUAGUUUUAUUCGGCUUCCACAUCUAGUAGUAGAAGAUCAGAUCUAUUGUAAUUUCUGUUUGGAAUUAGCUGUAUUCGAUUUGAAGAAAAUGGAAAGCGAAGAUGGGUGCUUGGAAGAUGGAGAGAUUGUCGAUUACACGCCUCUCGAGAGACCGAUAGAAAUGAUGCAGAAGGCUGUUGAACCUUGUCGACCUGCUGCCCUUCAGCUAUCAAGCGAAGAAGAAGAGGAGAGUCCAUCCAGCUCUGACUCCUCAGAUAGCGAAAGUGAACGGAGAAAAUCUAGGAAAAAGCGAAAGAUGACCAAGCAUUACUCGAAGUUUUCCAAGAACAAACCAAUGAGUAAAUACGAUGUAUGGAGUGUUGGCUUACAGGAAGAAUCGCUUGCUGAAAAUCUAAACAGUUUCAAUGUUGUGAAGACAGACCAAAGCCGCAGUGUUGAGUCUUACAACUACAAAAUGAAGUACGAACUGGAGGACGAUCACCAUUCAUUGCAUCAGCAACUGGGAAGGAAUGACGAUAUUAGAGAGUUCAGAACCAACAAACGUCGCCAUGGAGACCGGGGGAAUGUGCAUAUGAGAUUGGGCAGGAGAGAUAUCAGUCCAGAAGCAAAAGGAUGCUCCAUAAUACUCUUCGACCUUGCCGUUACCAGUGAAAACACAGAUGACGAGGUCUCCAAGGAUAUUGUCGAGAAAUUAUCCGAGAAAAAAGAUGAUCUCAUAUACAGAGUAGUUACUGGUAUCGGGAAAGAGAAGGCAAUCGAAUUAUACAAUGAAACGAAAAGGAUAGAAGAAGAUGGCGGUAUGAUGGUCAUGAAUGGUUCUCGUCGGAGGACUCCAGGUGGUGUUUAUCUCGCUCUACUGAAGCGGGACAAGGACAUUCCUGCCGAAAAAGUCAAAGAAAUUUUCGUCGAUGACAAACUCUGUGACCAACAAAUGAAGAAACGCAGAACAAAGAAUUGGCACAACAGAAGAACACAGCAGCUGAAACAGACUCUAAUCGAAGAUGGUCUCCUGCCACCAUCUCUGCUGACAAGGGCAGAACUAGAGCUGCGCAACGGAGAGAGCUCGACGGAGAGAGGGGAUGGAGUCGAAGGAGAGGGGGAGAACGCUGUCACCAACCCCCCUCCCUCCCCGGCCACCGACUGCGACCAGACCGAGGCCCAAGUCACCACCACUGUCAACUCUCUGGUCACCUAUGACGACGAUUUUCUUGAACUGAAUGCCGACGACGAUAUGGAAGUGUUCUAGUCGCAAAGCCUACUUUUAUUUUCUAUAAAAGUACCGUAUUUUCCUACAGACUAUGUUGACAGAAUAUUUAUAUUAUCACGUACCAAAGGUGCAAUUCCUUAGGCCGGUUACAGAGCUCGACCGACCGUCAGUGCGUACGUCAGUCGCGCUUGUCUUUUUCCGUACAGAGCAGGACUGACGGCACGCAUGCGCACGGUCAGGACCAUGCGUUCUACACUGCGUACGAAGACCAUCGGUCGAGCUCGUGCGCAUCCGUUCCAUCGGUCGACUGAUGCGCUAUUGAAGCAAAUAGAAGCUUUCAGAGCUGUACUGAUCAGUAGCCCGAUCGCAAUGUGCUGACACCUCUACCCUACAAUCAGCUGAUAUUGAAUUGAAUAGCAUAAUGAAUGAAUUCAAUUAAUAGUGUCAUAUUUGAAUUCAGAGUUUUUCUAUUCAUUUCUUCAAUCAGUUCUAAAUUUUUUAUUGGAAAAUCAUAUAUUAUUAUUAUCUACAUUUAUUUGAUCCGUAGCUCAAUGGUGAUACAAGCUCGAAAUAACUCAUCAAAAUUUCUGAUGGACAUUCUGAGGUAAUUAAAAAAUGUAUCUUCAUCCCCAAACAAUGAUGUAUAUAAUGGUAAUAAAUUCCCUUUGAAAUGCUCUUCAUCAUCAAGUUCGCCAUCGGGUGAACUUGAUAUCUACUUCUUUUGCUCCUCCGUUCAAGUUACUAGGAUAAUAAGCUGCAAUUAAACAAUUUGUAAACGCGUUCAUUUUGUGAGUCAGAUCAGUUUGUUCGUCAGGAGAGCUCUGAAUGUGUAAAACUGAUGUAUGAAUGCGUAUGGUCAGGAUGGUACAUACGCACUGACAGUCGGUUGAGCUCUGUAACCGGCCUUAAGGGUCGUUUACAUUAGUCAAGUUUACUUGAAUUCAAGUUUUGUUUAAAAUGAAUGUAUUUUGCAAGAACGGAAUUUUGAAUCACUAUACCAAUGUUGACCCUUCUUCAAGUGUUGUAACACAAAAUAUUUAACACCUUAAAACAAUGUUAAUAUUAUCAUUUACGUAAAGGUGCUAUUCCUUAGCGCCGACACUAUGAUUCUAGCCGUUCAACGACUACAGUAUAUUACUGUAUAAUCUAUUAUGUAUAUCGAUAUUGACAAUAUCGUAAUCUAUAGUAAAUAAUAGCAGCCGCGGGGCGUUUACAUUAGUCAAGUUUACUUGAAAGUUUUGUAUAAAAUGAAUGUACUCUGUCAACUUGAAUCCACUUUACCAAUAAGUUUUGUAGAUGAUGAACUUGUUUGACGUUUGGAUUCAACUUGACUCUUGAAGGUACAGUCACCUACAAAUGGGGAAAUGAGUUAGAAACAAUUGUCAGUCAAUGUAGAAUGUAUGAAAACAACCAAAAAGAAACGUAUAUGCAAGAAAAGUAUGAAAAUUGAGAAGAAAACUUAGAGAUUGAUUCGAUUUUUAUUUGAUAGUUAUAGACUUUUUAGGUUAUGAAAAUUUAACAUGACUGAAUGUCCCUUAUGGAAUUGCAUCUUUUCGUUUCAUUUGAAUCAUUUAUUUUCAAAGCAUCUUUUGUCAUGAGUGGUACCGUAUUGUACGGUAAGGAUUUGCUAUCCUGAAUAUUGUUUCACUUGAAAUAUUUUCAUACUGACUAUAAUAACUGAAUACAUUAUGGUAUUCAUUACGUAUGUAUCAGUUUUUCAUUUGAAACUAUUUUCAAAGCUUUUCAUGCAAUAUGAGAUAUAUACCAAACUGUCCAUCUUGAAUUUUGCUCAGUUGAAGGACUAGAAUAUAUAUUUCGAUAAAUUAUAGUAUCUAUCAAGAAUGUAUCAGUUUUAAUUUUUUGAAAUCAUUUUCAAACCGGUGAUAGCGGAAGAUCUUACAUUUUUCUCUAAAUUUUCUAUUUAAUAAUAUUGUGGCGGCCUUAUGAGGGGAUUGAACAAUUCAUGUAAAAUUGAUUGUGGAAUUCAGUGGAGAAGUUUGUAAAUUUAAUGGAUAUUGAGAUAAUGGGCAAAUAUGCUGAAAAACUCAAUUUCUCAACUUUGAAUAGAAUUUAAAUCUGGAGAAAAAGUGUUAAUUUUUCGUCAAAAACGCACCCAAACUUCACAAAUUAGGAUUCAAAAGAGACAAAACAGCAAACCUGAUUAGUGAGGAUCUUGUGCGUUUUAGAUGAAAAAGUUGAAAACACUUCCCUCCUAAUUUUAAUUUUCUACAAUAUUUCAUAAUUCGAAAUACCAUUCUAACAAUAAGGUAUCCUAAUUAUAUCACUUAGGAGUUGGAAAAGUGAGUUUUUAAGCUUAUUUAGUCCAGUAUCACAAAAAUCAUCAAAGUUAAAAACUUCUAGCUAGAUUGAUUGAAUUUCUCAGCUAAUUUUACAUAAGUAUUGAUCACUCAAGUCCCCGCAUAAAAUAAAAAAUUGCGAAAUUCUCCGUCAUCAUUAUCUCGGUAACAAAGCAUUUCAGGACCCAAAGAAAUUUUUUCGUUAUUUUAAUGUCAGGGAACACCUCACAAAGUUUGUCGGUCUAUUUCAGAAACACUCUGUAUAAAGUACGUCUCAAAUAUUGUUCUAUUUUUCAAUUUUUGUAUGGACCUUAUGUGAAUGUUUUUGUGAAAUACAGUGACCGAAUUCAUGGAAAACGCCGAUUCUAUUCCGCCUAUUAUGAGUAUUGAUGUAAUAGAAAUAUCCUCGUAUGGUAGUAGUAUCAUUAUACUUUUUAUUAUCAGUUUCUUUUGCAAAGUAUUAGGAAAUAUGUGCGAUUUCGUAUUGGCUACCUUAAUUGUAAUAUUUUCUUCAUAAAGUGUACAGUAUUGAUGUAACCAUAUUUUCAUCAUGAUUUUGUGAUUUUUUUGAGCAGAAAAGAAUUGAUAAAAGUGUAUUAUUAUUUGACAAAUAUACAAAUAAUGUAAAUAAAUAACAAUUGUAUUUA